UGCACUCAUGAGUCAAGGAUAGGUUAUUCUGCCCAUGUGUUUCCAUCUCAGGGUAACAACGCUGUCACCGUGUGGCAGAAAGUCCAAUUAUUCUACCGAGGUAUUCUGGAGAGCGGGGACAAAAGGACGGAUGAGUGGCCGCUGGUCUACUCCCCAGUGCCGAUUACCUGUAUGCUCCUUUGCUACCUGAUCAUUAUAUGUGUGGGGCCAAAGCUCAUGGCGAAGAGGUAGCCGUUCAACCUCAAGCCUGUCCUGAUUGUUUACAACUUUACCAUGGUCUGCCUGUCUGCCUACAUGUUCUACGAGUUCACAGCCUCUUCUUGGCUGUCCAGAUACAGUUUACUUUUCCAACCUGUCGACUACAGCGACAGCCCACUGGCCAUGAGGAUGGCCAGAGUGUGCUGGUGGUUCUACCUCUCCAAAGUCGUUGAACUCAGUGACACUAUAUUUUUCAUUCUGAGUAAGAAGAAUGGUCAGCUGACGUUCCUUCAUGUGUACCACCAUGCAAAUAACUGGUGGGCUGGAGUUAAAUAUGUGGCUGGGGGCCAAUGGGAGUCCAUCAAACUAGUCUAAUAGAUUAUUGUUGUUUGUCUGCAGCUUUCGUAUCUGUAUUAUGGGCUGGUAGCCCUGGGGCUGAGUAAACACUUGUGGUGGAAACGACACCUCACCUCCCUGCAGUUGGUGAGUUUGAUCCUCUGAAUCAGGGUUGUUGAAACUAUUUUGGUGUAAAUGCAGGCCAGUGAGUUUUCCUGAGUAGAAGAUUGCAAGGCCAAGUGCAAUUAUGAGUUUUGAUCAAAAUAACUUUUAAUAAGGGCUGCAUAGUGGAGCCGUAGUUAGCACUGUUGUCUUUGGUUCAAGUCUCAGUUGCAUCCUUUCUAUGUCAGUUUGCAUGGAUUUCUUCAGCUACUCCGGUUCCUUCCCACAAUCCAAAAGCAUCCACGUUAAGUUAGUUGGCGGUUCUAAAUUUACCUGCCUCCUGCAUGUUGGCCUCUGGGAAAGGCUCCAGUGCACCACCAUGUAAGUUUGCUAGGUAAAUUAAAUAGAUUUAGGACUUUGACUUGGAAAUUUUCAGUUUUUAUUACUUGGCACGAGGCAAAUUUAAAAAAAAAGUCAAGACGUACCCACAGAUGAUUCCAUGAAACUUUGCAUUGUAAUGCACUGAACACAGUCAAUGCUCCACUUCUUCUAGAUAAGUCUCUUAGCAGCUUGUGUUGCAGUCAGUUAGUCAGUCUUUAGUCUCACAUGUCCAUAAUAUUCACAGCAUUCAGGCUAGAUGAGAUUAACAUGGAGACCUCCUGGUUGGAUUGUCAUUGUUUUGACUGACUGCGUGCAGACAGAUUAACAGCACUGAUGCUCCUUCUCUAACCACAGGGCCAUCUGCUUUUGACUUUCAAAAUAAAACAAUGCAACAGAGUGGUCCUUUGUAAUAAAAAUUCACAUGUCUGUCUGCAGCAACACAGUUUACGAUCAAUUUUACUCAUGCAUUUCUCUCUACAGAUGGCUGUUUAAUAGUUUACAUCACCUGCCUUUGUUUACCUGUUAUUGUAUUUCCCAUUUUCUUGAUAUUAAAAAAUAUAAAAGUGCAAUUUAAUAUAAUUUCUUCCUUUUCGCCUUUUUUCUAAGUUGCAGUUUUUCAUAGUCACCAUCCACACCACCUACACCUUUUCCUGAGGUGAACUUGAGGAAGGAACCAAUGUUUAUUAGGGGCAGCAGUAGCUCAACAGGUUGAGCGGGUUGUCCAGUAAUCGGAAGAUUGCAGGUUUGAUCCCGGCUCCGGACAGAGAUUGCUGCUGUUGUGUCCUUGGGCAAGACACUUAACCCACCUUGCCUGCUGGUGGUGGUCAGAGGGACCGGUGGCGUCUGUGCUCGGCAGCCUCGCCUCUGUCAGUGCACCCCAGGGCAGCUGUGGCUACAUCGUAGCUCAUCCCCACCAGCGUGUGAAUGAGCGUGUGAAUGGAUGAAUGAUACACUG